AUGGCAGUGAGAGCUCACAGACUGAAAGCUGGCUGCAGCUUUAUGCUGAAGGACACACCAGGGUCCAAGUGUAUCCUCUCAGAUCACGUAACAACUCUGGCACAUUCCCCCCUUGUGCCUCAAGAAAGUGGUCUCAAAUCAGUCAAUCUUGGGGAAAACGUGACUUUGACAUGUACUCGUAAAAAUGAUGAAGCCAUAUAUUUUUACUGGUACAAAGAAACGUUGGGACAGAAACCAAAGCUCAUAUCCACAUUUUCUGGGUAUGACGAUAACGCCAUUUUGCAUAAUGACUUCAAGGAAAAUCCAGAGCGUUUCAUAAUACAAGCAGAAAAUGACUGGAAUAACUUGAAAAUUUUAGAUUUGCGUUAUUCAGAUUCAGCUACUUAUCACUGCAUUGGUACUCAUGAAUAUGGGUUUGGAUUUAAAGAGGAAGUGAGUCUCCAUGUAAAAAGUUCAGGUUCAGUAACACAAGAUAUCGUCCAUCAGUCAGUGUCUGAAUGGGUCGAGCCAGGGGAGAAUGUGACUCUGAACUGCACUGUGCAUACUGAGACCUGUGAUGGAGAAGUAAAUGUGUACUCAUUCACCAACUCUGGAGAAUCUCAUCCUGGAGUUAUUUACACCAAUGGAGUCAAGAACACUCAUUGUGAGAGGAGAGCUGAGACAAAAACACUGACCUGUUUCUACAAUUUAACGAAGAACAACUUAACUAGUUCUGAUGCUGGGACUUAUUACUGUGCUGUGGUCUCUUGUGGAGAAAUUCUCUUUGGAAAUGGGACCAAGAUAAGUUUUAAAAAGGAAUCUCUUUUCUUGGUGUAUUUCAUGGGCAUGGUGUUAGGAUUCACAUCGGUUCUGGCUGUUGUCCUGUCUUACUGUGUGCUCAAGAUGAGAAGAAGAAAGUGUCGUCAUUGCCCAGAGCCAGAUUCUCAACAAAGAGGUUUUGAUGUCACUACUGGGAACAUAGGGCAAGUCAACAAAUCGCUGCAGUACUUUCCCACGACUCAACCACCUCACGCCGACACUGAGAAUCAAGUCACCAUAUGCGGCAUCAAGCUCACCGAAUGGAUCAAUUUCAUGAUGUAUGCAGUAAAAGACCAGGAUGCAGACAACCUCCAGUAUGCAGCUGUAAAUAUAAGGAAGACCAACAGGCCCAGCAGACAAAGGGACAACAGCAAUGAGCAGUGUGUGUACACCACCUGUGUGUACUCCAGUCUAAGACAGUAG